AUGCAGAAGUUCAAGGACAAGGUCGAACACGAAAUUGACCAGCUGGAGGAGAACUUCAGAGACUCCCAUCUCCACGAUGCGAAAGCUCAUGCAUUUCAUUUGAAACACAAGGUUGGCAAGUUCUUCAAUAUUGUCAACCCAAACCACCGCCACGAUGAGGCGCACGAACAGGCUACGGACCGCAAACGCUCGGAGAUUACUGAAUCUCAUCGGUUUCAAUCCUUCGCGCCCAUCCAUGAGGGGAACCGCAUCAAAUGGUAUGUCGAUGCGUUGGAUUACUUAUGGGCGGUUUCCGAGGCUCUCGAGAAGGCGACCGAGACCAUCUACAUCGCUGAUUGGUGGCUGUCGCCCGAAUUGUUCUUACGUCGUCCUCCGGUUGAUCAUCAGGAGUGGCGGCUUGAUCAUAUCCUGAAGCGGCGUGCUGAAGCCGGGGUCAAGAUCUAUGUCAUUGUCUACAAAGAGGUCAACCAAGCCCUGACGUGCAAUUCUGCACACACCAAGCACGCACUCCAGAGUCUCUGCCCUGAAGGCACUCCGGGCCAUGGAAAUAUUCGCGUCCUUCGCCAUCCUGAUCACAAUAUCUUUGAGAACGCCGCCGACAUGACUCUGUACUGGGCACACCAUGAGAAGUUCAUUGUCAUUGACUACGCCCUGGCCUUUAUUGGAGGUAUUGACCUCUGCUUUGGCCGCUGGGAUGCAAAUCAACACCCCUUGGCCGAUGUACACCCGGCGGGGUUGCGUGAUGACAUUUUCCCCGGCCAGGACUUCAACAACAACCGCAUCAUGGACUUCCAGAGCGUGCAAGACUGGCAAAACAAUGAGUUAAGCAAGGCCGAGUAUGGCCGUAUGCCAUGGCAUGAUGUGGCCAUGGGCUUGGUCGGCGAUUGUGUCUACGACAUUGCUGAGCACUUUGUGCUACGCUGGAACUUCAUUAAACGCGAUAAGUACAAGCGAAGCGACACUGUAGACUGGUUGUUGAUAGAGGGUCGGACCGGCGAGAAUGAGGAUCUAGUCGCAGUCCAGCGACCCAAGUAUCCCUGUGGCGAGUACAUCCAACACCCUCUCUCGCCAUUAGACACCAAGCCCCGGGGCCAGCAGGGCUCGGUUCGUGCGCAGAUAGUCCGCAGCAGUGAUGAUUGGAGCAGCGGCAUUUUGAACGAACAUAGUAUUCAGAAUGCAUACUGCGAGACCAUUCGGAAUGCCCAGCAUUUUGUUUACAUUGAGAAUCAGUUCUUCAUUACUGCCACGGGUGACCAGCAGCGCCCGAUUUUCAAUACCAUCGGUCGCGCCAUUGUGGAUGCUUGCAUUCGAGCGGGAAAAGAAGGCCGCAAGUUCCGCGUCAUUAUCGUCAUCCCCGCCAUCCCCGGCUUCGCAGGCGAUCUGCGCGACUCGGCGGCGACCGGUACCCGGGCGAUCAUGGACUACCAGUACAAAUCCAUUUGCCGGGGCGAGCAUUCGAUCAUGGGCCAGAUUGAGAAGGCGGGUAUCGAUCCGAAACAGCAUAUUUUUGUCUUCGCCUUGCGGGCUUAUGACCGUAUCAAUAAGACUCCAGCACUGGAGGAGCUCGAAAAGAAGGCCAAUGUCACGUAUCAAGAUAUUCAGCGUGGUAUCGCCGAGUCUAUCAUGAGUGAGAGUGUGCACCCUUCGGUUGGCAAGGAAGGUGACAAAAAUGAAAGGAGCUAUGCCACCGACUCCCGCCAGAAAGAAGAGAAAGUGCGUAAGCUCGAGAAGUUCGAGGAACAGGUUGAGCAGCGCAAGGCCGACCUGGGUGACGCCAGCAGAGACUCGGUGGCCCAUACCACUAUGCUGAAUGGCGGUAAGAUGUCGGACGAGCUCUGGGAAGGAGACCCCGAGGCCGAGAAGGACAACAUUGUCCAGGAGGAGCUGUAUGUGCAUGGGAAAGUCUGCAUUGUCGACGACCGCAUCGCCAUCUGCGGCAGUGCCAAUAUCAAUGACCGCUCUCAACUUGGAUCUCAUGACAGCGAGCUUGCCAUUGUCAUGGAAGACCAAGAUUUCAUUGAGAGUCGAAUGGACGGUCAACCCUACCGUGCGGCCCGCCUGGCGGCGACAUUGCGCCGCCAGCUUUGGCGCGAGCACUUGGGACUGCUGCCGGCGCAGAAUUACGACGCUACCGGCCAUCCAAACGCGCGACCCCCCGAUGUCUGCCUCAACCAGAUCCUAGAUGAUGUCCACAAUGAGUUUGUAACCGACCCGCUCAGCGAUGCGGUCUGGAACACUUGGACGGAGCAGGCUAGCGUCAACACAGACACGUAUCGGAUGCUGUUCCGGGCCGACCCCGACAACAAUAUCAAGACCUUCGAGGACUAUGACAAUUUCAGGCCGCGUGGGUCGCACAAGCAGGGUCAUCUGUUCGACCCGUAUCUGCCGGUCCAGGAGGUCCGCCAGAAGCUGGAUCGCAUCAAGGGCCACCUGGUAUGGUUGCCGCUCGACUUUCUGUGCGAUGCGGAGAUGGCCGAGCCCGGGCUGGCUGUGAACCAGAUCACUGAG